AUUAGGGUUUUCAGCUGCUGCAAAGUUUUAUCACAUAUUGUUGCGUGUUGCAAAAGCAUCGUUGCUGUUAAUCUUUCUCCUCCAUCGACAAACAUGGGAAAGACAAGGGGUAUGGGAUCUGCACGUGUUCAAAAAGUGCAUCGGAAAAAACAGAGGUGGUCAGACAAGAGCUACAAGAAGGCUCACCUAGGAAAUGAAUGGAAUAAGCCUCUUGCCGGAUCUUCUCACGCCAAGGGAAUCGUCCUUGAGCUCAUAGGAAUGGAGGCUAAGCAGCCAAACUCUGCUAUCCGUAAGUGUGUUAGAGUACAGCUUGUCAAGAAUGGAAAGAAAGUUGCUGCUUUUGUCCCCAACGAUGGUUGUUUGAACCUCAUCGAGCCAAAUGACGAGGUGUUGAUCUCUGGAUUUGGGCGUAAGGGUCAUGCUGUGGGAGAUAUCCCAGGAGUAAGGUACAAGGUCGUCAAUGUUUCUGGUGUUUCACUCUCUGCUCUUUACAAGGGCAAGAAGGAGAAGCCAAGGUCUUAAACAAAACCUUCAAAGCUUUUGAAUUUUAUUUUGAUGGCAUAAACACUUUUCAGUAUUUUUUAGUUAAAUAAAAGAACUCUUGUGUUCUGUUCGACUUUGAGAUUCAAUAACUUGGUGUGUUAAAACUUUUAUUUUGAUGAGUAUUUGCGUUUAGUUUAUUCGACCUUAUAAUUUGUCAUUGGC